UUGUUUUUACUCUCUUUUUCAGAAAAGGGUCGUAAGCUUUUUAUUGGUGGUCUUUCCUCAAACGCUAGAAAAGAAAAUCUUGAGCAUGAGCUUAAGAAAUAUGGUGACAUCUCAAACAUUUGGGUUGCCAGAAACCCACCUGGAUUUGCCUUUGUCGAGUUUUCCAAGGCCUUUGAUGCAGAAAAAGCCGUCCGAGCUCUUGAUGGCAUGAAUAUAUGCGGUUCUCGUAUACGCGUAGAGUUUUCUCAUAGCAAUAAAGCCGCCUCGUCUUUUCGAUGGCUACUUGCUCACUUCAAAUUUCUCGAUCCACAUGCUUCCGAAUAUCCUUGUUCAGGCGCUGGAAAUGACUCUACUCGCAAUCGUCAAGAUCACACUGGUACGUUUCGUGGCGCUGCCCCUCAAUUUUCAUCUGUUACAAAUUUGACCGCUCCCUCUGCUACUGAUGCUUCCUUUCAUCGAUAUGGCUCUCCAGCAUCUAAACGCCGCGAUGACACUUUUCGACGCGCUGGCUACGCUCAAAUUAAUGCUACGCGACGGGAUAACCUGGGCCCCUCAACUGCCGUUGGUGGCCUACCCUACCGUUCAGAUAUUACUAUUCCAGGAGCUUCCUCUCUAGCUGCCCCUUCCGCCCCAAGGCUUUCAUUCGAGCAAUUAACUGCCUUGUAUCACGUCAAUCCUGAGCUUGCAACUGCUGCUGCUGCUGCCGUGCUUGCCAAUGGUUCUGGGUAUGCGGGUUUGGCCCCGUCAGGCCAACACAGUGCCGCUGGUGCAAAUCCUUACGUUACUUCUGCCACAGAAGAGCUACUACGUAAUAUUCUUUCUCCUACAUUUAUGCAUUCCGGGGGAGCGAGCGGCUUCGGGGCAAGUGGCAAUGGCUUUGCCAAUAACAUGUCUUCCCUCGGAACAUCUAACAUCAGAAGAACGCCGGUGAGAGGACCUGCUGACAGGCGGAGAAGCCGCAGCCGGUCCCCGAUUGAUCACCAACGCUUUCCUCGUCGUGAUCGAGAACGUGAUUCCGAGAGGGAUAGGAAGCGAGUCCGCGACCGAAUCGAAGAUUCUUUUAAUCCUACUGGUGACCGGCUCCCACUCAUAGCCUGUCCGGAUCGUUUUACACCGGGUUCAUCUUUUCCCACGGCGCCCCGUUCACCCAGGCUUAAGCGGGGACUACGGCAUUCUGCUUCACCUUCAUCAUUACCUGCUCCUUAUUUCUCUCAUGCUGGGCGCCGUCGUAGCAGGGAUCGAUCGCGCAGCAAUGAUCGCUCUGGGACGAAAGAUCCAUCUGCAACUCGAGAGCAGCCCCGCACUCGAUCCCGAAGAGAUGAGUUCGAUUUGUCAGGAGCGGAGGAUGAGACAAACAGACAAUUCCCUGAAGGCAGUCGAGAGCGGCGUCCACAGCAGGAGCGUGCAAGCAGAGAACGUCGUUCCAGAGGUGCAGAAGAUCAUGAGCAUACUGCAACCCCAUCCCAGGCUUCUUCCCGCUCUAGUCGCACUACAAGCAAGCCAGCGGAUCGGAGCGACGAUAGACGUAGGCGAUAA